AUGGAGCCCCUGUCGCGGGAGGCGCUAUCCAAGCUGGCCAAGGACGUCAAAGACCUGGGCCAGAACGCCAUUGACGGUGUCAAGGUGGUGGUGAAUGAUGACAACCUGACGGAUAUUCAGGCCGAGUACGAGGGACCAGCGGGCACGCCCUUUGAGGGCGGCCUCUUCCGCAUGCGGCUGGCAAUUGGUCCUGAGUUUCCCAGCUCGCCGCCCAAAGGCUACUUCAUCACCAAGAUCUUCCACCCCAAUGUGUCGGCCUCGGGCGAGAUCUGCGUCAACGUGCUCAAGCGCGACUGGCGGCCCGACCUGGGCCUGCGCCAUGUGCUCACUGUCAUCCGCUGCCUGCUCAUCGAGCCCAACGCUGAGUCGGCGCUGAAUGAGGAGGCGGGCAGGCUGCUGCUGGAGGGUUUUGGGGAGUUUGCCAAAAAGGCGCGGCUCAUGACCAGCAUCCACGCCAAGAAGCCGUCUGUGCUGACAGCAGCGGGCGGCGCCAACGCGGUCAACGCAGAUGGCACCUCGGCGGCCGGUGCAGCGGAUGGCAAGCCCGCAGCAGCGGCAUCGGGCUCUGCAGCUGCGGCUGGGGCGGGCGCUGCCAAGCCCAGCAAGGCGGCGGCGGCCAAGCUAGCUGAGAAGAAGAAGAGCCUGAAGCGGUUGUGAUGACCCAGCCCCGUCCACCCGCUCUUCUUCUGCUUCCAAGCAGCGGCUGCCGCUGCGCUUGCGCCGCUUCGGCGGCUACCUGUUUUCUUACUGCGGCCUUCGCCUCCCAGCACUGACGUCCCUGACAUGUUUCCCUUCCAGCAGGCCCAUUGUGUUGCUGAACCCGCUCCCUCUGUUGGUUCCUUCUGCUCCCCUCCUCCGCUGCUGCUGUCGUCCUGCUGAGCUGCCGCUCCCGACAUUGCGGGGCCCUGCCCUCUCACGCUAGCUUUAGGUGACACGCCAACCACCCCACUGGGCAGCCAGCAAACUCACUGUUUCUUUUCUCCGACUUCCUUGACUUCCCUUGCCUGACAAUUGAUUGGCGCCGGCCUGCUGGCCCAGCGUCGUGCCUGUACGGCACUGACUGUGACACAAGAGGCACAC